CUUCUUCAACUUUCUUUUCGUGGUAUUUGGUAUCAUUCUUCUUGGUAUCGGCAUUUGGGGAGAGGCCACUAACAACGAAUAUGGAAAAAUAGACUUUGUUAAAGAGUAUGAAGUGACAAGUGGUCCAAGACUUUUGAUAGCUAUUGCAGUUUUUGUCAUUGUGAUAUCAUUCCUUGGAUGUUGUGGAGCUUGGAAAGAAAAUAAAUGUAUGCUGUGUACUUUCGUCAUUUUGUUAGCUGUUCUGCUAAUACUGGAGAUUGCAGCCGCUGCAUUGGCUUACAARCACAAAGAUGAGUUCAAAAAUGAGUUGAAUAAAGCAUUGAAGAAGAAAAUUGAUGGCUACAGAGCAUCGAACAAAACUAAUGAUGUUGACGACGCCCAAGAAAAGUUGAAGUGUUGUGGAAUUAAUUCGUACAAGGACUGGAACUCAACCGCAUUCAAUAAAGGAGGACAGGGAAACCUCCCGGAUUCCUGCUGCAAAAAGGUGUCCAGUGGCUGCGGAAAGGGUGCCUUUCCAAACUCUCGAAUGAUUUCAACAAAAUUUUGUCUGCAACUGGUGGAAUUGCUAUUGCUAUCCUCGUCAUUCAGAUUCUUGGAAUAAUCUUUGGAUUGAUUCUCUUCUGUCAAGUGCGCAACAAUCAAGACGUGAAAGAAAUACAUUGAAACUGGAAUGAUUUUUUUCAAGUAAUGGUCGAGAUAACUUCUUUAAACGAAAAUGCAAUAGUUAUAUAAACGAAAAUGUAAUAGUUAUAAGCUACAAUAGCAAUCAUUUAGGGUUUUAACAAUAUCCCAUAGAUUACUCAGUAUGUUCAAGGACUCACUAUCCAAUGGCMCAGGCUCUUAUUCCAUCGAGACGUCCUUGCAAAACGCUUGGCCAAUGAGUUGUCAUUCUUCACGGUUCCUCUUUUUUAUACACUUACAACAUAAGGAUUGUCUUCAUCAACUUUAAUCAAUAGUAUUCCCUCAUUAUUCAAAAAAGWCCUAAACGUAACAUUGAAUUGCAAUUUCAGUUAGGGGAAAUGGUUUAAUAUUAAUAAAAAAAUUUAGCUUUUAACUUUUUU